CGCGCGUGAUGAAAAUAUGGGAAUUCAGCGCGUACUAAUGCGCGUUAAUAACGAACACGAGACGUUCCGAUUCUCAUGGUGAAUCGCCGUCGAGGCGCGGCCCCGGCUUCCCGGCAGCGGCGGCUGCAAUUUGCGGAUGAUCAACUUCGAUGAUGCCGCGCGGCAACGUGCUUCGAAUCGUUAGCGCGCAACCUCGGCUCCGCUGAGGAAAGAAGCAAACACAGCCUUGUGUGGUGAAUCGAUUUACCGAGCGGUUUACAUCUGCUCUCGGAAAAUACGUAGCGUCGUGUGGCUUUUCUUGAUCUUAUCUUUAUCGCGACUGCGAGAACGCGGUUAAAAGAAGCCGGCGUGACUUUUCUUUAUCGCGACGACGAGAACGCGGUUAAAAGAAGCCGAGCCGCUGUAAACGCGCGAUCGAAUACGAAGUCAAUCCUGAACGGACGCACUCUUCGAUCCUCGCUCGAUCAAGAACCGCUGUUUGUUGCUCCAAUUUUUUGCAACUUUUCCAUCCAACGCGGAAACGCGCUUCUCUCGCAGGCGGGACGCAGUCAUGGGACGCAAGCGGGACAUCAAGUCGUGCCCGCCCACGAGUCAACUCGACGGACGCAGGUCCGCGCCGCGGAAGCACGAUAACCGAUUCGACAAAAUUAUGCGAUUCAAACGACGCGACCGACUGUCCGCGACGACGGCGUCGCGAGCGCCCGCCAUCGAGCUCACGCAGCGAGCGCAGUCCACUCGAACCGCCAGGCGACGCGCUCGAGUCAGGGAUGUGCCGUCGAACGACAUACCGCGCGCCGAAAUCGCAUCGUCGCAGCAGCAUCAGGCCGACCGACAGCACAGCGACGGAGCUGCGGGUGCCGAAGGUCUCACGAACGCAAACAUGCAGAGCAACGCGGACAGCGACAUGGACCUGACGAUGGUGACGUCGAGCACCGUCUCGGUGACGCCAGGAUUCAACAACCCCUCCUGGAAUCGCCAGCAGGCGGUCAGCGUCAGGCACGCCUUCAAGAUCUACGGUAGUAGCAAGAAUCCGAACCACGUUAUACAGAAUCUCAGCAUGACGGUCGCCAAAGGCUCGAUAUACGGACUGCUGGGCGCCAGCGGGUGCGGCAAAACCACGCUGUUGUCCUGCAUCGUCGGCCGCAGGAGAUUGAACUCUGGCGAGAUCUGGGUGCUGGGUGGUAAACCCGGGACAAAGGGCUCCGGUGUGCCGGGCAAAAGGGUCGGCUACAUGCCGCAGGAGACAGCCCUUUACGGCGAGUUCACUAUCCGCGAGACCAUGAUGUACUUCGGCUGGAUAUUCGGAAUGUGCACGGCCGAGAUCGUCGAGAGGCUGCGCUUCUUGCUACAAUUUCUCGACCUGCCUUCGCAGAAUCGCUUGGUGAAGAAUCUCAGUGGCGGUCAACAGAGACGAGUGUCUUUCGCAGUGGCCCUUAUGCACGACCCGGAACUCCUGAUCCUUGACGAGCCAACCGUAGGCGUGGAUCCGUUAUUAAGACAAAGCAUAUGGAAUCAUCUGGUUCAAAUCACCAAAGACGGUAACAAGACAGUCAUCAUAACGACGCAUUACAUCGAAGAGGCCCGACAGGCGCAUACGAUCGGUUUAAUGAGAAGCGGCCGAUUGUUGGCCGAGGAGGCACCCAGGACUCUCUUAUCAAUGUACAACUGCGCCUCCCUCGAAGAGGUCUUCCUCAAACUGUCCAGGAAGCAAGGACAAUACGCUCAACCACCGACGGAGCUGAACAUCUCAAAUAAUAUCAGCUUGGCUUCUUUAAACUGGGGCAAGAAAGAGGAGCCGGUGUACGUGACGGAGGAGUCCGGCGUUGUCGGUCUCAACUUCCAUCAAAGCAAAGAGGUCCUGAUCCAUGACUCUACCAACGGAAUAGCCAAUCAUUAUGAUAUAAAUGGCAAACCACUGACGGUUGCAAAGACCGGAUCGGUGCUAGAGUGCGACGAUUGCGGUAACUUCACGGACUGUUAUAAAAUCACCAGCUGGGGCAAGAUCAGAGCGCUUCUACAGAAAAAUUUUCUACGCAUGUGGAGGAACGUCGGUGUGAUGCUGUUCAUCUUCGCCUUGCCGGUGAUGCAAGUGAUUCUCUUCUGUCUGGCGAUCGGACGAGAUCCCACGGGGCUGAAGUUGGCCAUAGUGAACCAAGAGAUGUUCUACGAAAACCUGACAUGCCCUAUCUCGGAAGAUUGCACCUUCACAUAUCUCAGUUGUCGAUACCUCAAGUUCCUGGAUAAUGAAACAAUGAUAAAGACGUAUUAUCCGAAUCCAGACUCAGCGAUAGAAGCCGUACGCACAGGGCAAGCUUGGGGUGCUCUGUACUUCACGGAAAACUUCACAGACGCUCUCGUAGCCAGAAUGGCUUUAGGAAAAGAUUCCGACGACGAGACUCUCGAUCAAAGCGAGAUCAAAGUCUGGCUGGACAUGUCCAAUCAACAAAUAGGCCUGAUGCUGUCGCGAAACCUCCAGUAUUCGUACAGGGAUUUCGUCAAGGACCUGUUGUCGUCCUGCAACCAGAAUACGAAAGUGGCCGACGUGCCGAUUCAAUUCGAGGAUCCUAUUUAUGGCAGCAACGAUCCUAGCUUUACAGACUUUGUGGCACCGGGUGUGAUAUUGACGAUCGUCUUUUUCCUGGCGGUCGCGCUCACGUCAUCCGCUUUAAUCAUCGAGAGAAUGGAAGGUCUGUUGGACCGAAGCUGGGUGGCUGGUGUAUCGCCCAGCGAGAUUCUGUUCUCCCAUGUGGCCACGCAAUUCGUGGUGAUGUGCGGUCAGACUGCCCUCGUAUUGAUCUUCAUGAUCCUGGUGUUCGGAGUCGAAUGCAAAGGUGACAUCGGAUGGGUCAUCGUACUCACAAUACUCCAGGGAUUCUGCGGCAUGUGCUUCGGAUUCGUGAUUUCUGCCAUUUGCGAGCUCGAAAGGAAUGCCAUCCAACUGGCCCUGGGCAGUUUCUACCCCACUCUUCUGCUUAGCGGUGUAAUCUGGCCGGUGGAGGGUAUGCCGAUGUUCCUGCGAUACAUAUCGCAAGGUCUGCCGCUGACGAUGGCGACCAGUGCCCUGCGGUCCAUGCUGACCCGUGGCUGGAGCAUCACGGAGCCGAGCGUCUACAACGGCUACAUCUCCAGCAUCAUCUGGAUCGUCGUGUUCCUCACGAUAAGUCUGCUGGUGUUGAGAUUCAAGCGCGGAUAAGCCCCAACCGUUCCACGCGCGGCAGUCCGGACUCAUCUCGAUGUACAGUGCCUUGCGAACGUUACCGCGAAUGUAGAGAGUGCUGACGGGAGAAUGCUGAAUCAGGAUCGGGUCGGGCACGACGUGUCGCAAAGCGCCGAGCAGGAUCACCGAUCAGGGACACCUAGCAAUGGAUCUCAUGUUCUCCCCUGGGACCAGGAUGAUUUGUAAAGGUUCUACAUCCUCCAGUGUUGUAGAAGCUGCGCUACCCAGGAGAUCUUAUCAUUCAAGAUAGAAAGUUGUCUGUCUAACAGAACAGAGGGAGAGACUCUCUUCACUCGGAAGAACAGUCUCGACUCUGAUCCUGAUCUUGCAGUGCAGAUGCAAGAAGAGCCUCUCCCGAGGGUCGUGUUCAUUGAAUCGACGUCUGGCUGGUCGUCCGAGAUACUGCCGGAUUCUCGUCGGAAAGUUUGCCUCGGUACCAGAAUGUCGGCCAGAAUGUACCACCGAUACGAUCUCGCAGCAUUCUCCACGAAGGGACUUCCGAUAUGUGAUGCUCCUGUGCGCUUAAUGUGCUUGUAAAGCUUACACGUGUCGUGUGUAUAUGUAUGUAUGUAUGUAUGUAUGUAUGUAUAUGUGUGUAUACGCGUGUGUGUACGGAGUGGGACUCGAUAGUGGGAGUGCGAUGACAAUGUUCACGGGUCGCGUAGACCGCAGCGUUUGUCUCGCGUGCGCGAGCGCGUCCGUUUAUAAAAACCUAUUCUGACUCGGUAUCUCCGCAGAAGUGGCGCGAACGAGAUCGACGAUACCGCCAGGAUUCUCCGCAGUGUGAGACGAUCAUCUCGUGAAGAGAGUGAGAAUGAGGAGCCGCGGAUUCUUUCCUCAGCGAUUCGGCCGUUGCAAAAUUGCGUUGCAAAAUCCAGCGUCAGAGCGUGAGCAAAAUUUGGCCACGCGUUAAAUUUUACUUAUGCUUCAUCGUUCUCUUCUUUUGUUCAUUCUCGAGAGGAAUCACCGUCUUCCGAGAUUGCGUCAUUGUCAUUGUCACGUCAUUGAAAUGGAAGCGUCCACUGUGCAUGUUGUGCACUUUACAUUACAGGAAGACGGUGUUGCAUUCCUCUCUCUUUCUUCGCCGUAAUUUCUCAUCCACCUGCGAAUAGAAUUAUAACGUUAAUAGAAUUACGCGUUCGCGAUUGUGCGGAUCGCGCAUCAUGGAUGAUACACACUAGGAUGAUACUGUAAUCGCCGUACCGCGCGGCAUCCUCUUGAAUUCGCGGGCGGAGGAUAUCAAAGGGACAACUUUCUCGCGGUGGGGAGAAGAUACUCACGACGUGCAUUUGCCCUUCUGUGUUCGCAGCGAAUCCAUUGUGGUCACCGUCGCGAUCUUCUCACCGACGAUUGUUAUCGCCCGCGACAAUGACGACGAAGCCAGUUGGUGUGUAAAUUCGGCGUGGUGGGGGGACCUGGUAGAAAAAAGAAAAAAACGAACAGUCGUCCCUGUCUUAUCGUAGCGGGAUCGUAGCCAGUAAGUUUACAAGCUGAUAUAGAGCUGGUUAUACCGUAGCGCAAUUUUACUUGCCCAUGACUUACGUGUACGUUCUAUUUAAGUAGUUAACAAUCGGAAGGUAGGAGCGGCGAUCGGACGGCUGCUCCUCGCCGUCAAAUAUUAUGCAUAUAUAAAGCAAAAAAGAAUGCGUUUUAUCUACCGUAUAUUUUAUACACAGAGUACGACGAUUUCUCCAACUGAUGGCGCAGGGUCGAGCGAUACGUCAGCGUGGCGUCUCGCUCGAUGAACUUCGGGUUCCUUUGCGCGAGAGAAAAUAUGCGACGAUUAGAUUAAAUAGGGCGAGUUUCGAUGCUGGCAAGUGCCAAGUGAAGGAAGAAAGGGGGCUGCGUGGCUUUUUGCAGGAUAUGGACACGAAAGAACUGAUGUAUCGUUACAGAACAGUGUGUAGAUGUUCAUCCGUUACGUGGUACGAGCCCGCAGAACGCACACGUGCGAAUCUUGGCCCGCUCGUCGCAAGGACAAUGGUAAAAUUGCACGUCAUUGAACGUUCAUCGAUAAGUAAAAAAAAAAAAAAAACGUUUUCAGGAAAUAAUGAUAAUAAUGAUAAAGAUUCGUCGAGCGAGAGGCAUCGGAGCAAAAAACUUGGCAAUGUGUGUAAAAAUGUAUAUUUUAUUUCACUUAUAUAAAAAUGGGACUCAAAAACGUU